AUGUCUACGUUCCAAAUAUUAUCAGAUUUACACCUGGAAAAUCCCUCUGCGUAUGAUCUGUUUAAAGUCUCCCCCAAAGCGCCAUAUCUUGCCCUUCUGGGUGACAUUGGAGUUGCCAAGGACGCAGGCUUCAUUACAUUCAUUGAGACACAGUUGCGUCAAUUUCAAAUUGUUUUCUUCCUGUUAGGAAAUCAUGAGCCCUACCACUCGACUUGGGAGGAAACAAAGCAGGCCCUCCAUCAAUUCUCGGCGUCUGUCGAUCGUCGGCGUUCAACUACAGAACAAGAUGGACAUCCGGAAACUCUCGGUUCUUUCGUCUUCUUGGAUCAGACUCGCUACGAUCUCUCGCCAGACGUGACAGUUCUGGGUUGCACACUGUUCUCGCGAGUGAGCGAGGCUCAUAAGGAACACGUCAGCUAUAGUCUCAAUGACUUUUACCACAUCAAGGACUGGACAGUUGACGAUCACACUGCUGCUCACGAAGCAGACCUGGAGUGGUUAAAUAGACAGGUCUCUCACAUCGCUGCCUCUGAGCCUCAUCGUAAGAUCGUGGUUUUUACGCAUCAUAGCCCAGUUACUCAGGACGGGCGGGCAGUUGAUCCGAGGCAUGUAAAUAGCUCGCUGUCGUCGGGCUUUGCCAGCGAUCUCUCAAGUCAGGACAUUUGGAAGAGUCCGCAAGUACAAUUAUGGGCAUUUGGGCACACUCACUUCAACGCCAGUUACAUUGAGGAGGGUACCGAGAAGAUGAUCAUCAGUAAUCAGCGCGGUUAUUACUUUUCUCAGGCACAAGGAUUUGACGGAGAGCUAGUAGUUAACGUCUGA